AUGGUGGCACUUUUAACACCCUUCACUGAAUUUGACAAAACUGUACGAGGUGAAAUAGAGAAUAUCUUGAAGGAUUUGAGUUUCCUCUUAGAAAGAGCAGCUACCCUUUGUUUGACAACGAACGCGCUAAAGAAGAUGGUGGCACUUUUAACACCCUUCACUGAAUUUGACAAAACUGUACGAGGUGAAAUAGAGAAUAUCUUGAAGGAUUUGAGUUUCCUCUUAGAAAGAGCAGCUACCCUUUGUUUGACGCAUAUUGAUCUUGCUCAAAACAUCCGAUCUUUACAAAGAUCACCUGCUCCUUUGCUAGAAGAAAGUCAUGUCCAUGGAAGAGAUGAUGAUAAACAGGAGAUCCUAAAGUUGUUGCUAUCAAAUGAGAUUUGGGGCAAUAAGAUAGGGGUGCUUCCCAUCGUGGGUAUGGGUGGUCUUGGCAAGACCACCCUUGCUCGACUUGUAUAUGAUGAUGACAGAGCGAAGAAACAUGGUUUUCAUCACAAAGCAUGGGUUACUGUAUCCACAGAGUUUGACAUAUUUAGAAUAACAAAGAUUAUCUUCCAGCAGGUUUGUCCCCAAAUGACGAGUGGCAUUGAGGAAGUAGCUGAACUUCAAGGACGAUUGAAAGAGGCUUUGAGAGGCAAGAAAUUUCUUUUUGUUCUUGACGAUGUUUGGGAUGAGAACUACGACAAUUGGGAUUCUCUAAGGAGCGCUUUUACGUCUGGGGAUUCCGGAAGUAGGAUUGUUGUGACGACACGCAGCCAAAAAGUUGCAUCAAAUGUAAAGACCGGGGGGAAAAUUCAUCAGCUACUAGAAGUAUCCAACGAGGAUUGCUGGAAAAUUUUUGUAGACCAUGCCUUCAAUGGGGACUCUGUUCUAGAUCCACGUCUGCAAGAAAUUGGGGAAAAAAUUGUUGAAAAGUGCAAAGGCCUUCCAUUAGCUGUAAGAUCUGUUGGUGGUCUCUUACGCUCUGUCAGAAAUCCAGAAACAUGGGAAAGCAUUCUAAGGAACCAUGUGUGGUCCAAAAACCUACGCAACAAUAUUCUUCCAGGGCUCUGGCUCAGCUAUUCUUGUCUAUCUUCAAGUCUCAAGCAGUGUUUUGCUUAUUGUUCGAUUUUUCCCAAAGACUACGAAUUUGAAAAGAAAAAAAUAAUUUUAUUGUGGAUGGCGGAAGGUUUUUUGCAGUCUGAUGAGAAAGAAAAGAGAAUGGAAGAGGUUGGGGAUGAGCAUUUUGAUGAGCUAAUGGCAAGGUCAAUAUUUCAAAGAUCGAAUCAAGAUGAGUCCACAUUCGUCAUGCAUGACCUUGUGCAUGAUUUAGCUAUCUUUGUAUCGGGAGAAGCCUGUUUCAGAGUUGAUGACGCUACAAAUGUAGAGCAGGCUACAAAAAAGACUCGUUAUAUAUCAAUAGAGGGAGAAUCAAGUGAACUCAAGUUAUGGAAAGGUCGGUUUGAAGCCAGGCAUCUACGAACCUUCUUAUCAUUGAAGUUAUAUUUAUCAUUUGAUCAAGAAUUGGUUAAAGAAGUGUUGAAAGGAGAAAGACUCUGCUAUUGUCGAAAACUUACUUUGUUGCCUAAGGACAUGGGAAGACUAAUCCACUUGCGUCACCUUGAUACCACUAAGGCACCUCUAAAAGAGAUGCCACCACGAAUGGGGCUUCAAAACAUUGAUAACAAUAGCGACAUUCUGAAAGUCCAUUGUUUGAGGGAUAAGGAGAAACUUGCUGAGCUACGUUUGGAAUGGAAAGGUGAAGUUACUGACACAAUAAGAGCAAGGGAGGCAUUAAAUGCACUGGAACCUCACACAAACUUGAGGAAACUCGUUAUUGAUAAAUAUGCAGGUUCAAAUUUCCCAGAUUGGCUUGGAUGUUCUUCAUUUUCCAAGCUGGAAUCGAUUUCUCUAUGUGGUAAUGAAUAUUGUUCGUUCCUCCCACCACUCGGGCAGUUACCUUCUCUUCGAGAGCUUGUGAUUAAAAACUUCCGUGGAGUGGAAAAAAUAGGUGAUGAGUUUUACAAUACCUGUAAUAGCUCUUCUAUUACUCCAUUUCAAUCUUUAGAAAUUCUAGAGUUUUUUAAUAUGAAGAAUUGGAAGGAGUGGUCAUUUAUUGGCGGAGACGGCAAAGUGGGAAAAUCAUUUCCUCGUCUCAAAAGGCUUUGCUUUUAUUGUUGUCCAAACCCAGCUGGGAGCUUAUUACCUGAUUGUGACACAUUAGAAACUCUUGAGAUUUUACAAAGCUUUAGAUCUAUGAAGUCUCUUCCAUUAGAUAAAUUCCCAAAGCUGAAGAAGCUCAAGUUGCAGGGGUGUGAAAAUCUCAAGGAGCUAAGUGUGGAGUCACCUGAUGUGAUAGAAAUGCUAGAAAUUGUGAGCUGCAACAAAUUAGAGUUCCCAAGGAGCGGCCAUUAUGUACACGCUAAAGAGUUGAGAAUUAUGGGUGGAUAUUGUGAUUACAUAAAGUCGUUACCAUUAGACUACUUCCCAAGACUUGAAGUGCUUUGGUCGGGCAGUUGUCAGAAUUUGGAAUCACUUACCUUUACAGAAAGAACGAGCACUGCACACGAGUCUCUGAUCAAUUCCUUAAACAUAGAAAAUUGCAAGAAUUUCAGGUCACUGCCGGAACACAUGCACAGGCUUCUUCCAUCUCUUUCUGAUUUGAAAAUGGAUAAUUGUCCAGAAAUUGAGUCAUUUCCCGAAGGAGGAUUGCCUUCAAGUCUAAAUAAUCUUGCAAUUUGGGACUGCUGUAAACUCAUCGGACAACACAAGCACUGGGAUCUGCAAAAGCUGACGUCUCUGACAUCAUUACACAUUGCAGGCAGUAAAAACAUAAUUUUGGACUCAUUUCCAGAGGAUCUGCUUCCCAGCUCUUUAACUUUUUUGUACCUCGGGAGUUUUCCACACCUUAAAGGCCUAAACAGCACCGCCUUUCAAAGCGUAGCAUCCCUUGAGUUAUGGAUAACGAAGUGCAAAGAGCUCCAGCUUUUGCCAGAAGAAAUAUUACAGCCAACUCAUGUUCGCGAUUUAUGGAUAGAGGAGUGUCCUUUCCUUGAACGAAGGUACCAGAGAGAGAGAGGGGAGGACUGGCAUAAGAUUUCUCAUAUUCCCACCGUAUCAAUUCGUGGCAGGACAACGUGA